GUACCUUGCGGCACGGGGGGCCGGACCCGGAAGUUCCGGGCCGAGUUCCAGGUGCCAGCGAGUCCUGUAAGGUACGCGUGGAAGUUGGGGUUAUGGCGGCACCCAGGCCAGCGCUCUGCCUCUUCGAUGUAGACGGGACCCUGACGGCCCCGCGGCAGAAAAUUACCAAAGACAUGGAUGGCUUUCUACAAGAACUGAGGCAGAAGAUCAAAAUUGGAGUAGUAGGCGGGUCGGACUUUGAGAAAGUACAGGAGCAGCUGGGAAGUGAUGUGGUUGAAAAAUAUGAUUAUGUGUUUCCAGAAAAUGGCUUGGUAGCAUACAAAGAUGGGAAACUCUUAUGCAAACAGAAUAUUCAGGGUCACCUGGGCGAGGCCCUGAUCCAAGAUUUAAUCAACUACUGUCUGAGCUACAUUGCGAAAAUUAAACUCCCGAGGAAGAGGGGUACUUUCAUUGAAUUUCGAAACGGGAUGUUGAAUGUGUCCCCCGUUGGACGAAGCUGCAGCCAGGAAGAACGCAUUGAGUUCUACGAACUUGAUCAAAAAGAAAACAUAAGGCAGAAAUUCGUGGAGGAUCUGCGGAAGGAGUUUGCAGGAAAAGGCCUCACGUUCUCCAUAGGAGGCCAGAUCAGCUUUGAUGUCUUCCCUGACGGAUGGGACAAGCGGUACUGCCUGAGACACGUGGAAAACGAUGGCUAUAAGACCAUUUAUUUCUUUGGAGACAAAACCAUGCCUGGCGGGAACGACCACGAGAUCUUCACAGACCCCAGGACGGUGGGCUACACCGUGACGGCGCCCGACGACACGCGCAGGAUCUGCCAGGAGCUCUUCUGCUGACGGUCCCUUCCGCCGGGGAAGCGGGCGCAUCCUGGCGGCGAGGUGCCCCCCACGCCCACCCCCGGCCACCUUGCAGUCACCACUACAGCCCUCGGGCGGCGGGGUUUGGGGGGUGGCCCUGCGCCUCCGGAAGCAGCGGGAAGGGAGAAGAAAAGGCUUGUCAAGAAGGGUUCAAAGGACUCCCUCCCGCAAAGGACUUUAUCUCAGACUCCGCCCCCCCAACCCUAUCCCUCACCGCACCCUCCACCGCCCUGAUACGUGCAAUCACAGUCCACCUGGGUUUUUUCUAUUUUUCUAUUUUUAAACUUCCCCAUCAUUCUAAAAAGAACCAGUGUGCUCAUGGGUCUUGUGGAAAAUCUAACAAGUAUCAAUGUUUGACCUCCGGCCUCAGUACUGGAAAGGGGGCUUUGGUGAUGGGAAAGGACAGGACAUUUACAACUAUCCGACCCCAGGGCAGAAGGUUCAAAACUGUUCUGGAAAUGAGGCUCCCCAACGAGUGUCAGCUGGGUGGGGGCUUUGAAACACGGCGUCCUGGUCCUGGGGCGGCACUGAGCUAGGUGACCCGUGCUGCCCAGGUGGGGACGAUGGCUGGCCGAGUGAGCACUGACCCCCAGGGACCCUGCGCCCAGUCGGCCCAGGACGCGGCUUAGCGCUGUAUCCACUACACUGAGGAGCUUUCUGGCCGUCACGAUGGGGCAAUGGAACCCGCAAGCCCCGUCGAGGACCUGGCACACAGCCCUGCCCUGCUCUGAGCCCAGGUCGGGAGACUAGCCCGGGCUGUCACCCAAAGGACCUCCUCCUCACUGUCCCCAGGGCCUCUCUGCCCUUUUUUCUCAGGGAUCAGUCAGGUAAGAGCCUGAACUACUGCCAGCCUGGGAGCUGCACUGUUUCUCUGCAGAGCAUUGAAUAAUAAGCGUGACCCCUAGGUCCUCCGUCACCCAGACUUUGACCCAAGGGUUGGGAGCAGCCGUGGUUGGGCCUGCAACCCUCACUCCUCCCUUCUCCCCUCUGCAAGUUCCUCUUGAAACUGGAAGACAGCUCAGGCCCUUGUCCAGAUCACAGAAGAGCUUUCCAAGAAAACGGUUCACACGUCACUUUUCAGCAUCUGGAGACAGCAGGACUCACAAUCCCUCCAAAGACUGGUGCUGGGGCGGCGUCGGUCCACAGUGUGGCCUCUGCUGGGGCUCACGCACCAGAACCUGAAUCGGGGUGGGGGGGUGCCCUGAACACCCCGCCUCCCUGCCACCUACUGCACCCCAGCCCUGGCUGUCUUAGAAUCAGGACACGGGUGAAAGCAAGACGCAGCACCAGGGUGUGAGGUCGGCCCCCUCAGCCACCCCUGCACCUCUCGCAGGAGUGACCCUUCUCAACGGUUCCCAGGACGCAGCCGUCCGGCGGCGUCUUUCUUUGUGAAUUUUUACCAAUGAUACUGUAAUAAUCUUUCAAAAUGAAAAGGAGCAAAUUAAAGUGAUUUAUUGUUUCCUA